CGCUCGGCCGAUCGGCUGCGCCGGCUGCGCUGCCCGUUGCUAGGCAGCCCGCACGCAGUUGCCGUGGUUACGGCCCGCCCGUCAUGGAGCCCGACAAGAGAAGAACCAAAGAAGAUACCUGGAAAUCAGAUGAACUGAAGAAACAUCUUAGGGUAUCACAAUCAGAUAGUCAGUCUGAAAACAAAAAACACAAAGAAAAAAAAUUGCAAAGAGAGAGAGAGAUUCAUGACACAGUUGAUUACAAAGGAUACAGAGAUCAAGACAAAGACCGAGGAAAGACCAAAGAAAGGACGGGAGAAAGAGAAAGAUUUAAAUCUAGUGAAAGAGAUAGGGAAAAAUUGCGGGAGAGAGAAAGGGGAAAAGAUCAUCACAGAGAACGAGAGAGAGAGAAAGUUAAAGAUAAAGAUGCAGAGAAGGAAAAAUAUAGUACAAGAAGAGAAAAAGAAAAGGAGAGUGAUAAGGAAGCACAAAGAAAACAAAAACGGGAUCAUUUGAAGCAAAUGCUUAUACAGAGUGACCAGAGGGAAGGAAGGGAAAAGAGCCAUCACAGAAGGAGAGGGAGCAAGGAUCAUUUAGAAGAAAACACAAAAGCAAGAGAUGAAGAGAAAGAAAGAAGUCAUACAGAAAGAAAGAAUAGCAGCAGCAAAGAUGCUCUUGACAAAUAUUUAACAUAUAGAGAUGAAGGCGAACGUAGGCAUAUGUCACAUAAAGAUCAAGAACUGAAUAAAGACAGGGAGAGGAGGCACAGAGAAAAAAGAGAACAUGAACAUUCAGUUAAGGCAGGAAGAGAAAGACAUUCAAAAGACACAAGUCAUAAGUCCUUCGAAAAGCAUGUGGAAGAAAAACAUGAAGCAAAGAGACAUCAAGAAGGAUAUUACCGUGAAAGUAGAGAAAGCCAACCAAGGGAGAACAGUGAAAGAAGGCUAGGAGAGGAAAGUGAAAGAAAGAAGAGAGAUCUUAAGAACAGUGAGCACAAAAACCAAGGACAGAGCCCAAGACAAGAUAUAGAAAUCAGCUACCAGCACAAAAGGAGUGUGAAAGAUCCAGGAAAGAGUUAUGCAAAGGGAAAAAAAGAGGAUACAAAACAGGAAAUUGAAGAAGUAAACACAUGCAAUGCAGAAGCAGGUUAUAACUAUUCAACAAAUUAUGAAGAUGAUUUUGAAGAUUAUGAAGAUGACUUUGAUGAUAUUGAUGAAGACAAUGAUAGUGAGGACAGAGAUGCAGAACACCAGCUACAAGCAAUUCCUGUUUCCAAAAAAUUAGAAAUAGAAGAAAUUCAAAGAGCAAUUAAUGCAGAAAAUGAGAGAAUUGGUACCUUACUGCCAAAGCAAAUCCUAAAAGAUGAUGAAAGGGAACCAGUCAUGGAAAGGCCAGAUUCUUCUGUCAGAGGCUCUCAUUGUGGAAUGUUUAUGGAUUUUGAACUGGCAAACCAACGACAAAGUAACCGAAACACAGCCAGUAAGCAGAAGACACGUAGUUCAGAACUACUCCGACUAAUUGAUCUGGACUUCUCAGUCAGCUUUUCUUUACUCGAUUUGCCUCCAAUGAAUGAAUAUGAAAUGUACAUCAGGAACUUUGGCAAAAGAAACACCAAACAGGCAUAUGUUCAAUGCAAUGAGGAUAAUCUUGAGAGAGACAUUCAGACUGAUGAGACAGAGACUCUAGAAAAAUGGACACAGCAUCCAGGAGCAAGUGCCAUUGUAUCUGGAGGGCCCAGAAGCAACAGUGAUGUGUCUGUGGAUGUUGGUUUAACACCUAAAAUUGAUUCACAGAGAUUAGCAAACUUUCUCCGUUCUGCUUGUCAGGUGAUUGCUGUUUUGCUUGAGGAAGAUCGAGUUGCAACACAGCCGAGGUGGAACCUAAGAUCUAGACAAACUAGUCUGUCUAUUAGUGAUAGUUGCUUUCAGUUAAAUACUAAUCAACCAUUCCUCCAUGAUCGAAAAGUCUCCUGUCUGCACGUUUCUCAGGUUCAAAGGCAGGCAUUACUUUCUGUUCAUGGGUUACCUAAAAAGCCAGCUGCCAUUCUACUGGACAGGAAGUAUAUCAUAUGUGUAUGGAAUGUCUGGCAGCCUUCCAGCCCUCAGAAAGUCCUAGUUUGUGACUCCGAGGUAAUAUGCUGCUGCUUUAGUCCCAAUAAAGCAACUUUAGUAUUUGCUGGAACAGUGGAUGGUUCUUUGUUAGUGUGGGAUCUCAGGGAAGACUCAAGACUGCAUCGUUGUAUGAAGUUCAAUGAAACUGACUGGAUAUUUAGAGCUCCAACAUUUUCCACUGAUGGUGUUCUCACCUCAGUAAACCACACAUGUUCUGUACAAGCCAUAGAACCUGUUUCAACUUCUGUCUACAAGGAACAGAGUUCCUAUGGGCUCUCAGGCCUCUCUUCUCAAGAAGAAAUGUCAGGCCUUUCAUUCCAGAUAGCUUCAAUCGAUGAAACUGGAAUUCUGAAUCUGUGGGUUGUAGUUGAAUUACAAAAAGUGGAUAUAGCUGGUUCACAAAGUGAUUUAGGUUUAAUUCCUGGUGGGAAAGUAAAAUUGGUACAUAGCUCUACUGUUCAGUUGAAUGACAGCCUUUUCCCAAAAGAUAUGAUGUGCCUGAAGACACCCCUGACUCUGAAUAUUAAGUUUCAGCCUUCUAAUCCUAAUCAUUUUAUUGUUGGGACAAAUAUUGGUCUGGUAAGUCAUGGCACGAGACAUGACUUAAGAAUACCUCCAAAGCUAUUCAAACCCCAGCAGGGUGGACCACGAUCAGUAAGAGUCAAUGCAGUUGAUUUCUCCCCUUUUGGAAAACCAAUAUUUUUGGUUGGCUGUUCAGAUGGAAGCAUUAGAUUGCACCAGAUGACAUCCGAGUAUCCCCUCCUGCAGUGGAAUGACAGCACGGAUGGCCAGCCAGUUAUUGCCCUUCAGUGGGCUCUAACGAGACCUGCUGUGUUUUUAGUCCUGGAUGCAUCAUCUAAUGUUUAUGUGUGGGAUCUACUGGAAAAUGAUUUGUGGCCUGUAGCCAAACAAAUUAUUCAGUCUGAUAGGGUUCUGACCAUGGCUGUACUGGGUGAACCAGAAAAAAAAAACGGGCUCUUGGGGAUUGUACUGGCCAAAGAAUCUGGAAUAAUAGACAUCCAGUAUAUAAAAAAGAAGUGGGCCUUACUUCAGUCUGAGGAGUCAGAGAAACUACAUUUGCUUUUGCAGCAAUCCUUAUAGAAGCAAAUAAAUUCCCUCCCUUUGAGUGUACAAAUGUGGCUAAUUACAUUUAGAUUCUUUUUUAUAGCAUGACUGUAGUUAAAAGAUUUAUAAUUUAACAUGUUUUCCAUUUGUAUUGUGUAUACUGUACACAAGAAUAUCAGUACAGAAUUUUGGGUGAAGAAAUGCAAUAUUUUUAAUAAUUAUAAAAAUGACAGAGCACAGCCUGAAGGGAAGAUAAAUUAUAUUUACUUCCGUAUGAUAUGGAUUCGUAGACAUCUAUUAUUUAUAGAUAUUUUUCAAUAAAAUUUUAAAAACAGACCUUUCAAAUCUUUUGAUGUUUCUUAAUAUUUUACUUUAAAGCAGAUUAUAGAUAUUUUAGGUUCUUUGUGUCAACCUAAACAUAUGAUUCUCUAUAACUUAACAUGAAUGUUAUAAUAGCCUUUAUCUUUGGAGUCUUCACAAUAUCAUUAGACCUAUCAUUUGAGAAGUAAACAUUAUAAGCCAGAUCGUACCACUGUAUGGACAUACCUGUGUAUAGCCAGAAAGCUACGUAAGUUUACCUUUGAGUUUCCUUAGUAUUCUCCCAUGCUUCAGCAGGUUUGAUUAAUUGAGUCUGCUCUGACGCGCUGGAAGUCCUCUCAUGCUGAUUUCCUUCCACCUAGAUCCACAACCCGCAUGAAGCUAUCCAAGAAAUCCAAAAGAGCAUGAAAUGCUGCCCUGGAGGCAUUUCAGUGCAUAACAGGUUGUAAAACCAUACUCAUGGAUCACUGUCAUAAUUGAAGUAUGCAUCAAGUAGGAUUCAGCAAGGGUUUUCGUUAGGUCAUAUACUGUUCAGUAUUCCCAUUAAUAACUUGGAUGAUAGAAAAGAGAGUACAUGUAUUAAAUUAGCAAAGGAAGCAAGGCUGGGAACUACUGAAAGCAUUUUGCAGGACACGAUUGAAAUUCAAAAUGAUCUUGAUCAGAGAAAUGGUCUGAAAUAGAUAGGAUGCUUCAGCAAGGACAAUUGCAAAAUAAUGCUCUUAAGCAGAAAUAAUUAACUGCACAAGUACAGAAUGGGGAACAGUCGCACAGAACGAGAUCAAAAACUGAGUUAACAAGGUCAUGCUGAUGCAACCAAGCAAACUUCUGGGAUGUAUAAUAAGUGCUGUAUAUGAGUCACAAAAAGCGAUUCUUCCACUUUACUCAGCCAGUGGUAAGGGCUGAGCUGCAGGAAUGUGCUCAGAUUAGAACAUCACACUUCAAGAAAAUUGUGGCCAACUGGAGAGAAUCCAGAGGACAGCAACCAAAUGAUAAACAAUCUAGGUAAGACUGAGGUGCCUGGCAGACAUUAAAAUGAUUGCACAGAUGGACUCUGAGGAGUCUUAUGCCCAAGCCCCAAAAUCAUACAUCCUGCCAGGAUAUACAGUUUUGGGGAUUGAGGAUAAAAUUCCUCACAGAUCCAAAUCGCACAAUUGCAAAGCUGGGGAGUGCCUGCCUUCUCACUGGGCAGGGGAGAGCCCAGGUCCCAGGGCCAGGAUGAGGGCUGCCUCUGGAUCAGGUAGGAGAGAGAACCAGGUGCCAGAGCUCAGGCUAUUUAUAUGCUUUUUUAUUUUAUGACUGUAAAAGAUGUAUGAUUUAACAUGUUUUACAUUUGUAUUAUGUAUACUGUAUAUAUUUUCAAGAAUGUCAAAUGCAGAAUUUUGGGUGAAGAGAUGCAAUAUUUUUAAUAAUUAUAAAAAUGACAGAACACAGCUUCGUAUUGUAUUUGAAGGGAAGAUAAACAUUUAAAUUCCUGGAAAAUCUUUUAAAAAAAUCACUAAAUAUAGAGAUUUUUCCACGACAUUGCUUUUUUUAUUUCUUGGGCCAGAAUUGCAAAUGCUUUAGGGUAACACUUGGUGUAGAAAUCUAAGUCAUUGGUUAGACAAAGUAAAAAAUAACUCCCCCCAUACCCUAUAAAACCAUAAGAAAUUAUGUGCGUCUUGAGUGCUAACAGAGAAGGACAACAGAAAGACCUGGUGGUCAGAAUCCAGUUACAGAUAUUUGAUGUCUUCCUCAUUCGUUACAAAAUAGAAAAGGAGAUUUAAGUGGAGGGGGAGGACGGCUAAACAAAUUUGUAGCUUUAAAUGGAACAAACUCAAACUGGCCACACGGUGGUGCCCACCCACAGCAUUAAAAGCGAGUGCUUUCGGCAAACCCCACACCCUGGUCUGAGAACACAUUUCUUUGAGUUAAAAUUCUUAAAAAUAACCAUUGCAGUCCAGCAAGAGUGAAGAAACACUGAAGUGACGCAUAGCUUAGGGAUAGUUUUGACCCUGUCCUGGUUCCCUGAUCAGUCCCAUUUUUUU